GAGGGGGAAUUGACUGGUGGACCCGCAGUAUUAACCGCGGACUGGGUCUACUUGUCUAGUGCCAAAAAAGCGCGAAAUGACUCAAGGCUGUGAGACUGACUUUCGUCCAUAUCCUGAAGGAUCUGACCUUAAUAUCAGACUGCGCCGCCCUGCGCAAUGUUCAUAAUCUUUUAUCCGCACUGUCUUGUUGCGUGUGGGUGUGAAAGUUGCCUGAAUCAGUGCAUACGCAAACUUGCUUACCCAGAGGUUAAAUCUUCGUCAGCUUAUACAGGUCAUCAUCAAUCAUGGGAACCUCAUCGGUCACUGAUGAGAAUACACCUCUGAUUGCGAGCGGGAGCCGCAAUUUUUCAACCACGAUCUCUCAUGAUAUUGAAGCUACCACACAUAGGCACUUGGUGGAAGCCGACACUGACGAUGAUGAAUGGGCCUCUACGUUGAUUAGAGAUGAUCCAACUUGCCUACUCGAUCUAGUCAAGGUCCCGUCGAUUUCCACCGGGUUUGCGGUCGACCCUGGACUCGAAAGAGUAUCAUCAGCCGCGACGGUACAUGUGUCGGACGACGACGUCGAGUCGCAAGAUGAUCGAGGUUCAAGUGCCAUAUUCGCAAACCACUUCAUUAAUGUGUCUGCCAGCCAGUUCGCAUGGAUAUUUGGUGGUAUCCAGAUUGGUUAUUUCAUAGGGUUCUUUGACGCUACAUUCAUGGCCUCGAGCCACCCAGUCAUUACUUCGGAAUUUCACGCAUCCAAUUCGGCAUCAUGGCUUUCAACGGCGUUUCUGCUCACCUCGACGGCUCUUCUGCCGUUAUUUGGUCGUAUAUCCGAUACUAUCGGCAGGAAACCGGUGUAUAUUUUCUCUAUUGUCGUCUUCUUCAUCACGACAGCCUGGUGUGGGCUAGCUCAAAGCAUAGGCAGCUUCAUCCUAGCACGGGCUUUUUGUGGACUUGGUGCCGGAGGGGUCUUUUCAAUGGGCAUGAUCAUUUGCAGUGAUAUUGUACGUCUAGAGUACCGUGGUAUUUACCAAUCUGGGAUCAAUAUGACGCUGGGUGUUGGCGGUGCUCUCGGCUACGCGGGGGGAGGUUUCCUUUGUGAUCGUCUCGGCUGGCGUGGAGCUUUCAGUAUUCAAUUACCGUUCAUCUUCAUCUAUCUACUCAUUGCUAUCUGGACAACACCAAAGGAUCUAGGUCGAAUCAAUCCUAAAGAUGAGAGUCUUAGUUUGAAGCAGUUACUCAGCCACAUUGACCUGACUGGCUCUUUCUUACUCACUGUCGGUCUCACAGCUCUCAUUGUCGGUAUCAAUCUGGGCGGUAAUGUCUUCUCAUGGAGUCAUCCCCUUGUGAUAUCAUCUCUUGUGCUUGCAGCUAUCAUGACAGUCAUUAUCCCAUGCUACGAAAAAGGAGUCAAGCGUCCUGUGGUGCCAAUCAGACUACUUACCAAAGCACCACAUGCCUAUAUUAUUUUCAGCAAUUUCUUCGGCGGCUUGGCAAUCAACACAAUCAUGUUCAAUGUCCCUCUAUUUUUCCAGGCUGUGAAAUCCGAGUCAGCUACUGAAUCUGGACUUCACCUUCUUUUUGCAUCUUUUGGCAUUACUAUCACCAGCGUUGCCAAUGGGUUUCUGAUCACUUAUUUCAAUAGGCUGAAACCCUUUGCAUUGCUCGGCGCUCUAUUGAUGUUCCUUGGUGGCUUUACUACUACUGCCCUCACGCUUAUCGACUUUCCAUAUGCCAUUACAAUAGCGUUCCUGGCACUGGCAAGCGUGGGCCAGGGUUUUGUUUUCCCAACUUAUACCGUCUCCAUCCUUGCAGUCAAUAAGCAAGAAGACCAAGCAAGCUCCGUCACAACCUUGUCUCUUUGGAGAAAUCUGGGAUACGUCAUGGGCACGGCCGUCAGUAGUUUGGUACUACAGAAUGCCCUUCGUAUCCGCCUUGAUCAGGUUGUGACUGAACCUGAUAAACAGAGGAUCAUUGAGAUUGCUCGCAAGUCUGUGGAGGAUAUCGUCACACUCGAUCCCAUGCAUCGCGGACAAGUUAUCCAAGCGUACAAUACCUCUCUUCGGAUUACGUUCCUGUCGGCAACGAUUUGGGCAUCCAUCAUGUUGUUACUCACCUCUAUGGUAAAACUUCCGAGACUGAGACGUUCAGAGAAAGAACUGGAGGAUGAGGGCACAAGUUGAGUCAUAUUUAGAUCUAAGAUAAAAGUCUGCAUUUCGGGUGCCUUGAACAUGUAUAGAAAAAAGCGUGAAUUGAUUGUGAAUUGAAUGCAUUUAUCGUAGUUGGUAGAAGAUUAUAAUUAUGCCUCAGGCCACAAC